UACAGUGGUUCGGCAUGCGCGCCUCUUGCGUAUUCUUCCACCGCUUAGUUUGUGGUUUUCUGCGAUGGGAAACGUAAACAUUAUCUGCAACAUGUGGCCCUACGCCCCUUUGCUACUGCUCUCCCUCUGGUCGAGCGGCGCCGCCUCCGUCGUCACCGCCGCCGCAGAAUAGCGAUGAAAGCAAGCUUCUGUCAGGGUCGCUGAGAAUCAGCCUGUUUGUUUGUGUCCUGCGAGCGACUAGCAGCGGUGGAGGCGGAUGUGUGGUCGCGUUGUUGUAGCAAGUUUAACAACAAGCGGCAAUUCUUUGCUGAAAUUUGAGGAUAACGUUGGGCGACAUUCGCCGUGGCAUGGAUCGGCAAGGUUGUAAUAAUCAUCAGCGCAUCGGGGGCUACGCACCCCCUUAUCACCAGCUGCAGCAAUACAAUGGAAACCCCUCUGGACGUUCUAGUUUUCGCCAGUCGUACCAUCACGGAAACCAGCGAUAUAAUCAUCCACAAGCAGGUGUUGGUGGAUCGCAAUGUUCUCCUCAGCAGCAGCAUCAACAGAAACAACAACAACAACAACAACAACACCAUGAGAGACAGCAGCAACAGCAUCAGCAGCUACAUCAACAACCUUCUCAUCAACAUACUCAGGGCGGUGUUAAUGCUUCGCCCUUGUCAUCCUUCCCAUUGGUUUCGCCCGCCCCACCUAGUACUCUCGCGACUCAGCAAGUGCGGGGGCCUCAACCUAUGCAUUCGGGUAGUCAUCCUUCAUCCAAGCAUCAACAUGCCCAACAGCCGACGCAUCAAAGCGCACAAAAUCCCGUCCAACAGCAGCACGCUUCGGUCCAUCGUCCAAUCCACCAUAACCAAACACAACAGCACCAUCAUCAAAACCAUCAGCAACAACUGCAGCAGCAGCAGCAACGUGUUCACGGUAUUAUGGAUCAGCAACAGUUGCAGCAUCAAGAAAAUAGCCACCAUCGGCAACCACAACACCAACAUAGCCCAUCAGGAAACAACAGCAAUGUCCCCCCUGGAAGCUUUCAUCAUCAGCAACCACAACAACAGCAUUUGCAACAGUGUCAGCAGGACACGUCAGGGCGAAGGUCACAGCAGUAUCAAGCACCACCGCAGCAAAAUCAGCCAAUUUCUGGAGCAGCAUGUGGCAUAGUAUCUGGUACGACUGGUAUUGGUUCAACUAGAACGACUAGUCUAGCGACUAGGCCUAGUGGUAGUAGUGGAUUCACGUUAUCGCCCACAGCACAAGAGUUCGUGCCGGCCUCAUUUCUCACACCCCGUGACCGACAAUUCACAACAGUGUCAGCUGGGAAGAGUAGCCACCCUCAACAGCCUCAGCAGCCAAUAGCUAGUGGAGGCGGAAUCGGCGAAGGCAGCCAUCAUAAUCCCUACGACGAUCAGUAUGGAUCUGGAUAUGGCCUAGGAAGUUCAUAUGAUGAGGAGGACGAUGCCUUGCUUCAGUUGCAAAUGUUCAUCACGGAUGUUACACUAUCACCAGCCAUGUUUGAAUCAAGAGUAUGCGAUUUAGCAGAGGUUAUCUAUGAUGAUUUGAAGAAGAAUCCGGCAAAUACCCCACAGAUUGUGGCUACUAUAUUUCAGGCUGGUGUACUUCAACAAAACUUCCGUUACUCUGGUGCCCGGCUGUGCGAUUACCUGUCGGAACUUGUUGUAGUCCAGGGAAGACAUCUUAUCCGCGAGCAAAUAAUAGAACAAGCGCACAAAGCGGUAAGUGCCGGCCGGAAAGUGUAUGGUGACAAGGAACGAGACAAAGAAUCCCGAGGAGUGGUACUAUUUUGUGCAGAACUUCUUUCUCAGCUUGAUUUGGGCUAUGGAAUACCUUUAGCACAUUCGUAUCCCGACAUGGGCCCUAAGCUGAGUAGUAUAAUCAGCGAGCUGAUUCGUUCUCUUGAAAAGGAUAAUCAGAAAAAUGCUAUUCAGGCUCUAAAGCUAUGCGGAGGCAACUUGGAAAAAUUGUGCGAGGGAGAUUCCGCAAUGGAUGUACUUUUAGCUGAGUGUGAAGCUGUGGAGGCACGCGAAGGAGUAGAUGCUACAAUCAAAGCCAUGCUACAGCGUUUGCCCCAACUUCGGCAACAGCAUUGGGGCUAUGUGGCAAAAACAAAGAUUGAGCCUCCUGCAUAUGUAUAUGGCCAACAUGCUCAGGUCGAUUAUAGCCAACUUCCAGUUAUGUACGGACCAGAUGGCCUUCAGGUCUCUCCAGAAGAAAUGGGAUUCCUCGAUGGCGGUAAUGGCAAUGCCAGAGGAGAUUAUCCCAGCGACCUUUCGCAAAGUACUAGUGUUGGAAUGGACGAUGAGGCACUGGAAGCGUACGAGAUGUUCUUACUAGAGACUGGCCAAAAAUAGUUCUUUCUAGUUACUCUCCCCCUCGCCUCCCCCCAGCGACAACAUAAUGCACCUCCUCUUGAACGGUGAAAUCUGUCGAAGUAAUCUCGGGUUGCAUUGAGAAAAAUAGAAGCGCGCAAAAUGAAAAUGACGCAGACGACGAACGUUGUGACUAAGUCAAAUCAUUGUAUAAACAACUGUACAAUAGCUUCUAAUUGAAUGUUUAUGCGAACACCAUAUACAAGUGACGUUUUGCAUACGGAUGGCCCCUCGUACAAUGACUUCGUUGAGGUGAACUAGAUAGAUACCAUUAGAGACGUUUAUGUAAAUGUAAUACUUCAUUAUUACUAAGCAGGCUACGCAAUAAGUGUUACGCUAUUAUACAAGUCACACAACGAUUGACAACACACGACGUCAAUGCUGUAUAAGAGAGAUAUAGUUAAGUAUCGAUAUGCAGCCUACCAGGUUCGCCUGAUAGAGGCAAACAAAUGCUUAGAUAUACGAAUGAAUAUACCAGACAAAUUAUAUAAAUAAUAAUAACAAUGGCACUAAUAACAAAUGUACAUUGAUUACUAAUAAAGGGUAGUAUAUUCCUUCGUUGCUUGCCAAAAAAUCUCUAUCAAUGGUAUAUAGGAGAGUUUCCGAAGAGUUUAGACGGAAGAGUCAAAGGUGUGGGGCAUAUUGUUUGAGAGCGAAAUCACGCUUUGUCAGUUCUUUAGACACCACUUGUAUCAAUGACGAACGACAUCAAAAGAAAAACUUGCUUGUAUCAAAAUAAUAAUUCCGUAGAGUUUUGUGGUCCUUUCGAGCUUAGUUUAAACGGCGGAAGCUCUCCGUCACUGUAUAAAAAAUACUGCCUUAUGCAAUUAGAAAGAAAAUAAUCCAACUAAUUUAGGGCUGGGCCGUAGGUAGUUUAGUCGUAUUUAUUCCAAUUACUUAGAUGUUAUUGUUACGGUCGUGAUGCGCAAGCCUCUAGCAGUUGGCUAAGUUGCUGAUCAAGGUACUUAUUUUCCUUUGAUUUUAUUGAUAUAGAGCGAGACUGCUGAUGACCACGACGGGAACAAUAACGAUAACCAACCACCACCACCACCACCACCACCACCACCACCACCACCACCAUCACCAUCACC